AUGGCCAUGUCUGGAUUUCCGUACGGCGGAGACUUCGUCAGCAAUUCCAUUAUUCCCAAUUUCAACGCUUUGAUACCAACACGUCGAAAUUACGCACCAGAGGAAAACAACCUGGGUGCUGGUACUCCUGGUGUCGGAAACUACAGCUUUUACCCCGAACAAACCAAUCAGAUGGUACCCGCUCCUGACUGGAGUUAUGCGUCUCAGCAAUACAAUCUGCCCAUCUACCAACAGCCGAGCACCAGCCAGGCCACUACAAGUGCCGUCCAACAGGAAACUCAGCAAACUAAGUUUACUCCGAAAAGGGCUCGCACGGCAUAUACCUCGCAGCAACUUUUAGAACUUGAAAAAGAAUUCAUUAGAGGUAAAUAUCUCACGAGACCGCGAAGGAUUCAUCUGGCGGAGAGACUAAAAUUGUCGGAACGACAGGUGAAGAUCUGGUUUCAGAAUAGAAGGAUGAAAUUUAAGAAAGAAUCUGGUCGAGCUGCGUCGCCUCAAAGUGUGAACACUGAUAUGGCGGGAGAAACAACAGAAUCAGAGAAUUUGGGAACUUUACCGGCACAACUGAACCCCAAUGAAAUUUCACCUGCUACCAUACAAGUACCUCAUGUUCCUCGACAUUUAGUUGAAGCGUCAAUGCAGUACUCACUUCCCACUGCAAAUGGUCAAAACCCAAUCAAACGAGAAGAUCAACAGUACCAGUUUCCGAUCACCCCAGAGCCGUCCCCAGAGCAAAUUUCGUUCAACAACUUUAAUGGCACUGGUGACCAGAUUCAACCGACUAAUGAUGUGUACCCUUAUGCUAACCUAAUGAACAUCCAGUUAAGUGAUUUUUCAUCCUAUCCUUACACGCAAUUGAUUACGUCUACUGAUGGUAGUGCGAACGGUCAAUUGUAUGAACGGUAUAACCAGCUUCCGCAGAUGCUGGAACAGAAUCCAGUGUGGCACGGUCAGCAGGAUGUGGCCAAUGGAUCAGCAUCGUUCACUAAUUUAUAA